AUGAAAAAAUCUAUACACGAUUACUUCGGCAUCACCGAAGUGAAAGCAAUUGAAACGGGGGAGCCGCAGCUGAUGAUAGUAGCGGGGAUAACGAGCAAGGAGAGCGAGAUGUGUUUACAGGUUCGUGGCGGCUCUGUUGUUCUAGGGAGCUGUACGUCGGCGCUUGAGGAGGGAGAUGGCCGCUCAACAUGGGCUGCUGAGGCGAAUUCUCAGCUGCCUAAAGCAGUACACGGCUCAGAGCCAGGCACGGGAGAUAUUGCUGCUGAAACGGGGGCCUCUGCCCGCUCCAGCAGCACUGCAGCAGGAGAGCAUGGGCCCCCUCUCGCACUCGAUAGAGAUGUGAAUACCUUUUGGGCUUCUGGUGCUUUCCCUGAUGCUGAGGAGCACGUGGUUACCUUUGAUCUAGACUUGGGAAAGAAAGCGCGUCUAGCUGCAGUGCGUAUCGACUGGGAGUACCCCCCUAUGGCAUACAAAUUGCAGCUGAGCACCGACGGGAGUUUAUAUUCGUGA